AUGAUCUAUUCUCAAAGUUUGAAUGAUAAUGCAUCUCAAGAAGAUCAAGAUAAACUUGCAACAGUUGUUGCCGACAAAAUAGCACUUUUGAAAACUAUCUUUGGUGAUUCACAAUCGACUGCAUAUAUGAUUAAAGCUGAUUCAAAUGAAGUCAAUUGGCAGCAGAAAUUUUUUGGAACGACAGAACUUUACAGACAAUUGAAGACAAUCAAGGAUAAAAUUGAUCCCAAUGACCUUUUAAGUUGCAAGAAAUGUGUCGGCAGCGAUGAUUGA